CCACAAUCUGUGUCUAUUUGCCUACCGAUGACAGAGGCUCUCAUAGACGGCCAGCCAGCCAUGGCCACCACUUCGAGGCAGCAGGAUCCUCCUACACCGCCUUUGAACCCCCUCACACACCUCUUGAACCAAGAUGUAGGCGACUUCGACGACGAACCUUCCUCGGACGGCCAGCUCUUCCCAGGGCAACGUCACAGCAUCAUCGACGAGAAGAUGGUGAUCAGAUACUAUGGCGACCCGACGAAGACACCCCAUCUCCUCGAUGGUGAUGCUCCAGAGACGGGUACGUCUUCCCCUCACAUCGACGUGACACUCCUCUGCGAUGUGACGAAUGGUUGUGGGGGCAAGAUCUGGCCCGCAGCCGAAGUGUUAGGAGCCUAUCUCACAGGCAGGAGGGAAGACUUGGCGAUUCGAUGGAAAGGCAAAAAGGUGAUAGAGCUAGGCAGUGGAACUGGAUUGGUCGGCUUUGUGCUGGCAAAGAUGGGCAUUGGAGCCGAGACGUGGAUCACAGAUCAGGACGCUAUGAUGGAACUCAUGCAGAAGAAUCUCGAGCUCAAUCCCGGAAUGGAUCCCUGCUUUGUGGAAGAGCUAAAUUGGGGCGAACCUCUGCCUUCUAGUGUCCCGCAGAAGCCAGAUGUGCUCCUAUUAGCUGACUGCGUAUACCUGGAAGUAGCCUUUCAGCCCCUCGUCGAUACGAUGAUUGACCUAUCCACAACAGAAACAGAGAUUCUGUUCUGCUAUCAGAAGCGCCGGAAAGCAGACAAGCGCUUCUUCACCAUACUUAAGAAGCACUUCCACUUCGACGACGUCAAAGAUGAUGAUCCUGUGCGGACAGAGCAGUACAACCGCCAAGGGACCAGGUUGUAUCGUAUGAAGCUGAAAGGAUGAGGAUAGUCUAUGAUAGUGUCGAAUUGUGUUCUGCGUCCAGCGCAGGGCCAAGACAGUCCCCUGGUCACACAAAGACGGUAGUGCUCAAUGCCGGUAUGCCAUUAUGAUUGUUGUGCGCGAU